GCAUCUUAAAAAUAAAGAAAAUAUUACAUGUUGAGGCGCUAACAUUCCGCUAAUUCUUUGCGUGGGAGAAGUUCACAUUUGCAACACUGAACAUGCGAUGUAACUGCUACAUGUCUGAAAUGAUGUGCCUUUAAAAAUUAACACCACCUAUAGGCCACUUUUGCGGAAAAAUAUGGUUAAUGCGUUGUUGUGUUUUAAUUGAACAAAUCGCCGACACAACCGUGACGACAUCUUUACUGCCUUUAUCUUUUUUAACAAGUGUAUUAAAGUGUGAGUGUUUUGUUAUAUGUUUCCAUUAGCUUUAGCAGUCAGUCCAGUUAGCUAUUUGCUAAAACCAGUCAUUUCCUCUGUGGACAGUUAGCAGUUAGAAACUUCAAAUGUUUUGGCUUAAAAAAAAUCAUUAGAAACGUUUCUGAUCUUUAGAUAUUAAUAACCCAAGUACAACAAAUACUGAUGUCUGAGUGUGGAUCACACCGACGUGGUGCGUGGACAGGUCCAGGUCUCACUCUCUCCUCCGGGAGGGGCGGGGACAGUUUUGGGGGGGCGGUGAUGAAGAGGAGGAGCAGCUGCUUUUACUUCAAUCUGUCGCAACGUUUUCUUCUACUUCUUUGUUUUCCAGGAAAAAAAGUUUGGAGAAACAAACUAGAACCGUGUGGAACCGGAUCAGGUCCCGGGAUCAAACUGGAUUACUGGAGCCGGACCAGCAGAAGGAGAGAGGGCGUCGGACCAGAGUCCGAAUAAUGGACCAUCAGUAGGACUGGGACUGGGACUGGGACUGGCGGAGACGUGUGGUGUGUGAUGGACGUCAGAGUUUUCAACAUCAGCUGAGGACUCGAUCACUUUGUUCGAUUCUCUUAUCAAUAACUUUAUUAAUCCGCGGGAUGGCGGCGUGGCCGCGCCUGCUACUGCUGCUCGCGCUCUGGAGCUUCGGGCACGCAAAAAACACGUACCCGCUGCGACCCUCCUACAGCCUGUACACGGGCGGACACGCGCACGCAGGGCGCGCGGCCAGCAGACAGAGGAACUGGUGUGCGUUCGUGGUCACUAAGACGGUCAGCUGUGUGGUGGAGGAUGGAGUGGAAACCUAUGUGAAACCUGACUAUCAUCCCUGCCACUGGGGGAGUGGACAGUGCAGCAGGGUGGUGGUCUACCGUACCUACAUGAGGCCACGCUACAAAGUGGCUUACAAGAUGGUGACAGCAAUGGAAUGGAAAUGUUGUCAAGGUUACAGCGGAGAUGAUUGCAGUGUUGGGCCAGCAGAUGGAGCUGGAGGACAGGUGUCCACAACCAGACCGCAACCCAGACCAGACCAGGGUCAUGGCUCCAGUCAAGGUCACAAUUAUGGGCAAGGAGGCAGCAACACGUUACCUGGACAGAGUGGUGAGAGUGAAAGGAUACGACAGCUGGAGGAGAAGAUCAGGACCCUGACCAGGAACCUCCAGGAUUUACACCAGCAGUUCCAGCAGGAGAGAGCAGCAGGAGGAGGGAGAGGAGGGGGGGCAGGGGGAGAAGGAGGAGGAGGAAGAAACCCCUCAAUUGCAGCACAGCCAGAGAUUAAAGAGACAAUUCACAGCAUCCAGACCAAACUGGACCAACUGGACAACCGCACACAGGCUCACGACAAAACGCUGGUGAGCAUCAACAACCACCUGGUGAAUGGAAAGGGCAACGACCUGGAGGGAGGUUCAUCAGCAGGAGGCGGAGGAGGAGGAGGAGGAGGAGGAGGUUUUAGUGAGAAGAGGCUGAACACCCUCAAAGAGGAGAUUCUAAGAGAACUGGAGAAAAGAGUUUCACUGUCCUGUUCCUCUUGUCAGGCCGGCGUGGAGGACUUGCGUCAUCAGCAGCAGCAGGACCAGGAGAGGAUCCAAGCUCUGGAGAAACAGCUUAACGAGAGUCGGUACCAGCAGAGCCUGGACCUGGUACGUAGCUGCUGCAACACCGCCAACGACCUGCAGGAACGCCUGGCCGAUGCUGAACGCAAGAUCAGCACCACAUCUGAGGACAUGGACCAUCUGCAGCACCGCCUGGAAAAGGAGCUUGGUGGGAGGGGAGGAGGCAGCAGUGGGGGAAGUGGGAGCAGCGGAGCCACAGGGGGCGCUGGUGGUUCUAAUAGUAGUGGUGGAGGGGGUGGGGGGACUGGAGGAGGUAGUUGGACUGGAGGAGGUGGAGGGGGGGGGACGGGAGGGGGUGGAGGUAGUGGGACUGGAGGAGGUGGAGGUGGGGGGACUGGAGGAGGUGGAGGUGGGGGGACUGGAGGAGGUGGAGGUGGGGGGACUGGAGGAGGUGGGGAUAGCUGGUUAGACAGUGUUUUGAAGGACCUGGAUCUUCGCAUUAACAACAGUUUGCGUCAGAGGGACCAGUGCUGCUCCAAAAUGGAGACCCAGCUGAAGGACUACGUCCAGAGGGAGCUGCAGGACCUUCGUGUAGUCUUCCUGGACCGGUUUGAUGACCAGACCUUCAGGAUUUUAGAUGUGGAACUGGACCUUGGACUGGUGAAGGACAAAGCAAGUGACUGUGACAGGAAGCUGUCCAGGCUGGAGAACAACACUGCCCUCAUCAGUCUGAGGCUGGAGAAGUGCAGCUGUGAAGCGUCUGAAGGAACCGGUGGAGAGGGCGUCGUCAGUUCAGGAGGAGGGAAACGGUUGCCAGGUGAAGGAGGACUUAGUCCAGGACAAGGCGGAGUGGGCCCAGAGGGAGGGGGCAGUCCGGGUGGAGCUGGAAACAGAGGAGGUGCAGACCGAGGGUCACCUGAUCCAGGAGGACAACCAGAGAAGUCGACAGAGAAGUCUCUGGAGUGGAGAGUGGUCGCCAACGAGGACCAGAUCCAGCACUUCAACACUCAACUCAAAGACCUGUCGGUGUCUGGGGACUCUCUCUACAACAAGGUGACGGACCUGAGCCACGAUGUUCGGAAGAUCAAGGCUCUGACUGGCGACCACGGCGAACACUUCAACCGUAUCGUGACAGAGGUGGAGAUGCUGGGCCAGGACUGUGACCUCUGUGGUAAAGUGGAUGUGGAGCUGCGAAGGUUGAGGAACAAAUCAAAUGAAGCCCUGGGUCGCAUCCAGAACCAGAUCAACCAGCUUCAGAUCCAGAUGGAAGACGUCUCCAGAUGUGGCCACUGUGGAGAGUCCAAAGGCAGCAGCAGCAGCGGUGGGGGG